UCUCAUUCUCCACUACGACCUGCGGUUUGUGCUUUCUGUUGUGGUGAGAAACACCGGUGGGCAGCUAGCAGUCUGAACUAUGGAGCAGAUAAAUGAUAUCCAGGUCGUUCCGUGCACCAACUCCAAUUAUCUAAAACCAUUCAGGGUGCACUAUAGCCAGAAUGGGACAAAGAAAUCGUGGGACUUCAUGCGAACUCAUGACAGUGUUUCGGUUCUGAUCUUCAACACCACCUCGCACUGCUUCGUCUUGGUCAAGCAGUUCCGCCCAGCUGUGUACAUGUGCGAGUGGGAGAGGACCAAGCCCAAGGCACCUGACUCGGGCGAGCAGGCGACGGAGGAGAAAGAGGGGGCUGCGGUCGGGGGCGGGGAGACGCCCCCAGGCUCAGUGGGGAUGACCUACGAGCUAUGCGCGGGCCUGGUGGACAAGGCUGACCUGUCGCUGGAAGAGAUCGCCAGGCAGGAGGUGCUGGAGGAGUGCGGCUACGACGUGCCAGUCGCCAAGCUGCGGAGGAUCACCUCGUACAGGUCCGGUGUAGGCGUGACAGGUGCCAAGCAGACAAUGUUCUACGCCGAGGUGUCGGACGAGAACUGUGUGGGUGAGGGCGGCGGCGAGCCACAGGAGGGCGAGCUGAUCGAGGUGGUCAAGGUGCCCCUCCACGAGGCCAUGACCUUUGCCUAUGAUGAGAGCAUCCCCAAGACCAUGGGCGUCAUCUUCAGUUUCAUCUGGUUCCACAACAACAUGUCGCCCAAGUACAAGAUCUCCACCAACGUUUAACCCACCCAACACCUGUCCCCGUCCCUGCCCCCUUCAGCCUGAGGUGGAAGUUGCAGUUAACCACAGAUCUGGGAUCAAUGACCCUAACCCUUAAGCCUAAUCUAUACAAUUAGGGGGAUGGAGAGAAAAAUCUGACCCUUUGUCAGUGGUUAGGGACAACUUCAAUCUACUCCCAAUCCCUUCGCCUUUGCCCCUAUCCAUAUAAGUUGGCCCCAGGGCGACCGUUUUUUCUCGUUACUAACUGUUAUUUUUCAGAGGUUUGUCUCAUUCUUUUUAUUUUUACUUGGUCUUUACUACUUUUCCUCUAAAACUUGCCAUAUGCUGGUGGCCAGCAGCACUUUUCGUUGUUAGUUUUCACUGUAAAUGUAUUACCUUUUCCUCACUGAGAGGUCCAGGGUGCAAUCUCACGAAGAUGGCUACAUGAUAGCGCUCUCGUUCGGAGCUGCUCGUCUACCGUUGAUUGGAUCAUGUUCCAGGAAUGCAAAAAUGUUGUUGCUUAGUCAGCGCCAGGGCUUAUUACAUACGAUGGCCGUUGCUGAGUCUGUUUGAUUACUGCAGCUGGUCCAGGCGCGCCUUGCUUACUUUCUUCACGAUCUACUCAGCCUCGAAGCCAGUGUUUCCCAGUCUUGGAGCGGUGCCGAUUUUAUCCCAGCCCAGCACUAACAUACCUGAUUCCACUAAUUAUUAUGGCUUGAUGGUCAGUUGGGUUAUUGCUGGGCUAAAACACAAAUCUGCUCACCUUUUGGAUCCACCAGGACCGGGAUUGGGAAACACUUCUCUAAGCAAUACUUGAUAGCUGGUAGUUUGAUCAUGGUCUGAUUUUAAAACAAAUCAACAUUUCAGUUAGCAGAGGCGAUUAGAUAAGUUGUAAGCAUUGCAUUGAAUCCAGGGGUGUCACUACUGUGUGCUCCUACAAGGUCACAUUAAAUUGUACGUUCGAUAGAGGCUUCUUUUAACUACCACGGGAAUAUGACCUACCUCUACACUGGGGAGAUUUAUUACAGCAACUAAUGUUGUCACUAUACCAGCACCACAAUACUCAGUAUCACAAUACUCGAAAGUAUUGUAAUAUCAUGAUACUUCUGAGUAUCAUGAUACUGAGCAUUUUGAUAACACUAGUAACCACUAUAUUAUUAAUUGUGAGAACCCUCUGGUGGACAAUUGCUCUCACAAUUAUACGUGCGUGUUAGCAGGAAGGCUUCACCGAUAUUGCCCGAGAUCAAGAGCGUUAUGUAUAUCCCAGACAUUGUUUUUGAGCAGGGUCAAUGGGAGUUUUGUUUUAGGAAACUGAAAACCUAGCUUGUAACAUGUAAGAGGAAGUUUAGCAUGCUACUUGACCCAACUUCCUGGAACAGCACCCGGAGCCCUUAGCGCUGUGUUUUGUGAUCUCCCUUGUUGUUUUGAACCUGACGGCAGGGGCGGAAGAGUUUUGUUGAUACCAGCACCGUCUGUGAGGCUUGAAGUAAAAUGGUUGCGCUUUUUAACCUGUGAAUCUGAGAGACAUGGCCCAACAGUUAGACAGACCCCUCUUUUCCCUAUGCCUGUUUUGGCCAGACCUCUUCAAAACACCCCCAUUUCCACAGAAAUCAACAGCAGCAGCUAUCCAAGUUUAUGGUGGUUUGAAACUAGGGUUGCAAAACAGGUUUUCACAGGUUUUUCAGAUAUCCCGGUUGGAGGAUUCCCUCCUUGAUGAUUCCCUUCAGUUUUACUGGAAAUCCUCCAACCGAGAUUUCUGAAAACCCUGAGAAUUUUKGGAAUGGUUCUGGGAUUUGCAACCCUAUUUGGGACAGAUGGAGCUUAAGACAACAAUCAAUCUCAAAAGCACUUGCUUAACAUCUCAGGUCCAAACGGUUUCCCCCCUUGACGAGGUAACAUUCAGGGAUCACCAUUCUGCACYGUCUUGGCCAUAGACUUUUUAACCAUUGUGUAUGGUGGUGAUGUAGUAAUAUUUCUAUAUAGUUUUCAAAUAUUAUGACCUGUUGAAGUCCUAAAUGGUAAAUUGACACAUCUUCUCAUGAAAAACCUUUCUUUUGGCAACAUAUUAGUGUGUGGAUUCAUGGCUCCUUCCACAAUAAGUUGUUAAAAAUCAAUGAAGCGUUGGCAAUAUAAGAAUCAARACCAAAUAGUUAGCAAUUAUAAUUCAAUUUCAGAACGAUUUGAAAAUAUACUAUUGGCUUGUAAAUAACUAUCUUGGCUUCCUAACCGAAGGCUUAACAGCAAGGUCUAGUAGUUGGUAGAAUACGGAAACAGCAAGUUCUUAAUACAUAGUCGUUCACUUGUUUUGGACUUGUACAGCUAGCUACCUAGUUUAACUUUGAUCACAUUGGGUUAAGCUUUAUCUGAAUUGGCCUGUAAUUGCAUUCUGGGUGUCAUCAUUCCAUAGCCACGUAAGUCUUAACGUAGCAGUUGAUGUAACAUCAAAAUAUUAUACAUGAGCUUUGUUUACAUUUGUGGAAGACUGGCUCGGUUUCCCAGAGUUGUAAAAGAGGCCAGUUAUAUUUGGUUAGUGGCAAUUCCAUGAUGACGGGUAACUCAGAUUUUUCACUUUCAAAUGUAUACUUAACAAAAACCAUUGAUUUCAAAGUUUAACACAACUCUAUGCACGAGGACUACUUUAAACAAUUUCCACUGAACAUUUUACAAAAACACAUUUACAGGAAGAACUGUGCAGAUACAAAUUUUGGUAACCGAGUAAAACUGAGGGAGAUUUUACUGUAAUUCUUUUACCAAACUUUAAUCUGCAGUUUUUCCUUUUUUUAUGUACUGUGUAAAUUAAUCAAAGCAGUCAUUGUGCAUAGAGUUGUAUGGUUUGUUAAACUUUGAUAUCAAUAGUUUUUGUUUGGCAUACAUUGUAAAGUGAAAAAUCUGAGACUCAGYGUAAUUCCGUCACCAUGGAAUUGCCUUUAUCUGAUGUCUUCUCAGACAGAGAACCAGUUUACCACCAGAAAAUAAUGUAUUUUUUUGCCCAGCCAGCUGGUUUGAUGGUCCAACUGUUACAAGCCACAGUUUCUUUCGAAUGAACAAUUAAUCUGUAAGGCUCUUACUGCACUGUUACAUCAACCAUACAUUUCCUGACAGAUUUGAGAUGCAUCUAAUACACUCUAGUCCACUGCUAUGUUCGCCGUGUGAGUAGCACAGCCGUUGUUCAAACUCAAUAUUUAGUCACGGUAACUCAACCUUGAUCCAUGUCGGUCAGAGCAUUCCGGGUGUAGGAAAAGUUGUGGGGAAAUCAGAGUAAAGCCCAGGUAUAUCAAGUUGAAAUGAGUGACCUCUCUAAUAAUGGUGUGUGGAUAGAUGGAGUAUAUCAGUAAUGAUGAUGCUGUUAGAUAGCAAGGUAAACUGUUAAAUAGUUUUAACCAGGCGUGUUUGCCUUACCAUAACAUUGUAAAGGGGGGGGGGGACUUGAUCAAAGUCCUAUUGACCUCAAAAGGACUUGACUGCGGUCUUCCAUAGCCAAGGUGGGCCCUUUCCCCUGAGCAUGUAGUUUUCCCAAAUUAUUCUUCCUCUAUUUGGAAUCAUUCGUCAAUCAAGUAUCAGGAUUGCAUGGUUUUUGCUGGAAUGGCUAGAAUUGAUUUUAGAGGGRAAAAAGAUGACCCUAUACUCAUGCUAGUUAGCUAGAUAGUUUUACAGUUUAUACAAAUAGCAGAACAGACACAUUUUUCUUUACUCUUUCGCUCUUGAAGGCUUUAACAUGAAUGAGUUUUGUUCUUCCUUUGCGCCGCUGAUUGAAUCAUGGUAAGUAUUUCUAAAGUGAAAUUGGGUUAGGCUUCAAAGGCUAAACGUGUUAUCAGGGAACUAUUGUAACUUAGUUGUCUUAACCAUUACAGUUUCUCCCGUAAAGAUGGAGUCCACUGUAGGGGAAACGAUGUCCGCCACUGUCCGCUCCAUGGACGUUGUUAUUGUUUUGUUGCCUAAGUGGAGGUAAGGAGCGUUGCCCCAACGUGGUUUAAAAAAAUGCAGUACAUAUUCUGAUGUUCUAUCGUGCGUGCAAUGAUGUCCGUAGGGGAAAAACAGUGUUCGUUGUUUGCAGUGACUUCUUGUUGUUGUAAUAUCAAAAACGGACGUGACUGUUUAACCAUUAAGGAGUCCAGCUUUAAAUCUAUAACCCCAGACUUGAACACACUGUCCCCUCUGCCUUUGUUCCUAUGAGACAAUCUUUUAUUUGAUGUCUGCCUUCAUUCAAAUCCAGAUGAGUUAGAUUUUGGUAGAUUCAUUGACCAUGCAUUGUCCCUGCUAAGACAAAAUCUUAACUGAGAACUCCACCAAAAGUUGUUGGCGCUUACCUCCUACCUUUUGGAUGGUCUUGAUUUGUACAGCUGUAACUCAUGUGUUUAAGGACUGAUACUCUGUAUAAGUUUACAUAGCAGUACAUUGGUGCCUUAUGUCAUAAGGUAUCAAACCCUUUCACUGGCCCAAUCUGUAAUUUUAACAGCCUAGUCACUUUGUUUGGAAAAGUGAGGGAUGGGGCUUCGAAGUAACCCCUCUGAAAUUCAUAGACUGACCUACAGAUGCAUGGAGCGACAGUCAGUGAGAGCAACAUGAUCAUUAUARGAAAUAUUUUGUAGCUAUGCAUUGUUUACGACAAAGAUGAUACAUCAUGGAUUAAUAAAAUUGUAGAUUUGGGGUUAUGAUGGAGUAAGACAGUUGUACCAAGUUGGGUACAUAUCAUUAAUCGAAGUGACCAUUGAAAGACAGAACAUACAGAUUGCGCCUUUAACUGAAACCUAUAAGCCAUCAACAGUUUUUUGGUGAAGAGUCCAAAUUUCUUAAAAACAUUGCCAGCACUGAUGGUCUCUCAAUCAUGUCAAUGCUGGAUACUACCAUAACACCAUGCGACGAUUAUACCUCCAUCACCGUGUGGCAAGUAGGCAUGUCACGCUGCAUCAUUGUAGCGCAUACAGCAUCGAUGGCCUAUGUGAAGAAGAAAAAACAACAACAAAAAUCUGCAUUUCGCGCGUGCUGGCAUGCCCGUAAGGCACUAACAUAUCAAACGUUCCAUUAAUAUCGGAAGUGUCAAUUUCGGUGGAGUUCUCUUUGGGAUAGAAUGCAUCUUAUAUCUCCCUUUCAAUACAUACUUGUUUGAUACCACUUUUUUGGGUACUCUGUCUUGAAAUUGCAACUGCAACCUUUUUUUUCCAACAGUACCUUUCUGAGAGCAUGGAAUAUUGUUUUGUGAUAGAUGAGAGCAAGACAAAAAAUACAUCUAUUUUUCAUUUUAUUUGACAAUUCAAAUGCUUGACGAGUAUUUUCAGUAUGCAUUACAAGCAACGAGGUUGUGACAAUAUCAGUUGUUGCUUAUGUUCUCAAGAAAGGGGGUUUGAAUUGUAAUUUCUAUUUAACGCCCCUGAUUUAUUUUAUUUUAUGCAUUUAUUGUCGGUUAUACUGCAAAGCAAUUUGUUCAAUUGUGAAUUUUUUUGUGUGUCUUACACGGAAUUAGUGUUUUCUUUGAAUUUAUUCUCUGAGAAAUUAUAUCGACAAAGUUAAGUGUCAAUGUUUCUUAUCAGAGUUUUUCUGCUUUAUUUGGAGUGAAUUCAUUGUGGUCCGUGUUGUUUGAGUAAUAUUUCAUGUUUUAUAUGUUUAACUUGAUUUCGUAAUUGUUCUUUUUWAAAUAUUUCACAAUUUCAAAAAACCUACUUAUGGCACUUGGUGCAAAUAUAUAUAUUUAAAUAUUAUAUUUUGCAUGUGCACUAACUGUUUCAUUGAACUGCAUUAAGUGUAAAUAAAAGAGGGUUGAUGCCUAAAUCAUGUA